GCCGCGCCGCCCGCGGAGUCCCCGAGGCCGGAAGCAGCCCGGCGCCGCCCCGCUCGCCGCAGCCGCCGCCAUGAAGGCCGUGGUGCAGCGCGUCACCCGGGCCAGCGUCACAGUUGGAGGAGAGCAGAUAAGCGCCAUUGGACGGGGCAUCUGCGUGUUGCUGGGUAUCUCCUUGGAAGAUACGCAGAAGGAACUGGAGCACAUGGUCCGGAAGAUCUUAAACCUGCGUGUAUUUGAGGAUGAAAGUGGGAAACACUGGUCGAAGAGCGUGAUGGACAAGCAGUACGAGGUGCUGUGCGUCAGCCAGUUCACCCUGCAGUGUGUCCUCAAGGGGAACAAGCCCGACUUCCACCUGGCCAUGCCUGCAGAGCAGGCUGAGUCCUUCUACAAGGGCUUCCUGGAGCAGCUGCGCAAGGCCUACAGGCCGGAGCUCAUCAAAGAUGGCAAGUUCGGCGCCUACAUGCAAGUUCACAUUCAGAACGAUGGGCCUGUGACCAUAGAACUGGAAUCUCCAGCCCCUGGUGCUGCUGCCUCCGACCCGAAGCAGCUGUCAAAGCUUGAAAAGCAGCAGCAGAGGAAAGAAAAAACCAGAGCCAAAGGGCCUUCCGAGUCAAGCAAGGAGAGAAGUGCUCCCCGCAAGGAAGACCGCAGCGCCAGCAGCGGGGCCGAGGGGGACGUGUCCUCAGAGCGGGAGCCGUAGGUGGGCUGGACGCAGUGCAUUAUCAUUGGGCAGAACUGGAUCCUGAAAAAUCCAUGAAAGAUGCUAGGCACCUAUACUACUUUAAAGACUUGGACCUGAAUCCUGAAAAGGAAGAUGGAAAUAAGAAACUGGGAACCUACAAAAACACACACAAAAAACCACCAAAGGAGCGUUACCGUUUUUUGUUGCUGCUGUGGCUUAAUAGAGGAGAUGGGUGCUGCCAGGGUGGGGAAGGUGCCCCAUGCACAGGGCAGCAAGGAACACACCCAAGGGUCCCCUCAGGAAGGCCGCGUUGGUUCCUUUGAUUCUCGGCUUGGUUUUGGAACAGGCUGGCCCAACAUCACUUGUUAUCGAGUCCUCCUUUCACCCUGUGGUGUAUUUCUGAGUGUCCCUGAUGGGUCCCAAAUGCGGUCACACUGUCCAUGUUUUUCCCAACACUGGCUAGGCCAGGGCUCAUGUUAGGGUGUAAAGAGAACAGUUGUCCAUGAUAAUACAUUAUGUGAGACCUUUGCAUCUUACAAAUUUUCUCUUUUUUUCUAAAAAGAAAUAAACUCCAAAGCUCAACAGACCACUUUAUUCUUAGCUAAAUUCUGCUGUUUCUUCUUAAGGAUUGUGUCUAUAGAAAUAUGACGUGUCUGACCCUUCUCUAUAUACAUGCACGUCUUUUCAGAUAACCCUUUUGCAGGGGGCCUUCCCUCAGGGUUCACACAGGCUCCUGCUUCUAUGGUGAGAGCCUGUCUAUGGUGAUUUAUAGUUGGUGCCAUUUUCCUUGGACACUAAGUAGCAGCAAAGGGGAAUGUGCCUGUGAAGGGAAUCCUCUUCAGAAAGGCCAGGUGACUGACACCACAUGCAUGCAGCUCUGUAUCUGGUUUGUCCACCUCUGGGACAUAGCAGGGGGAAGCCCCACCAUGUCAGACCACACAAAUGACCUUUUCCCAGGAGCCGCAUGGUUGUCUGGGUGUCCGAGUCCCCUUAGCAACAUGAAGGAAGAACCAUGUCUGGUAAAGGGUUUCUCAGUUAAGUUUGAUCUAGUGGUACAACAAUAGUGAUCAUUUUUAGACAUUAUAUGAUGUCAAUAAUAAUCAUAUAUUACCAUACAUAAUAUACAUUUAUAUAGCAUAUCUGUGAUAUACUAAUGCUUACACAGUUAUCUUCUCUUGAAAUACUUCUUGCCUAAGCAUAGAAGAGACAUCCUUAUUUGGCAUUUUGGUGAUGCUGAAACUUUUCUAAAAGCUCACGGCACCUGGUGUUCCCAGGCAAUCUCCCAUCCAAGUCCUAACCAAGCCCAACUCUGCUUAGCUUCUGAGAUCAGAUGAGAGGAGUCACAUUUAGGAUGAUAAGGCCAUAGCUGGGUAAUGCUGACACUCUGUGGCUUUAUAAUAAUUUCUCAGCCCCUGUUCUCUGAUACAGUUGUCUGCUUCAAACAAGAACAUAGCUAGAAAAUAUGAGAGGGAGAAAAGUUCAAAUCAUAUCUCCUCUGUACAUCCAAGUACUUGGAACUCAGAGUUGGAAAGGGGCUUGCUGAAUUGCUUUAUUCUGACCCAGUGCAGAUUGUUCAGUAUCCAGAUGGUCCAUUCAAAUCUGCAGUGGUGUAAACCUCUUGGUUUGAAAUCAUGGUGACCCAGAUGCAGUUUAUGGUCGUUUCUCCAGCUCACAGGCAUUGAGGUCCAGGAAGCUGUCCUGUUUCUCUUGUCUAAGUCAGCUUUUACAGAGUGAAUCUCCAGUUUUGUAGACUCGGUUGUAGGGCAGUGGACUUGCUGAACAUAUCUGUCAGGGGUUUCUUGCCAUAGCAUUUGAUCACCAGCAGCUCAUGCUGAGUGAAGAGCUGCAGCCUGUCUGUACAGACAGGAGAGCCUGUGUGCCUGACAUACAGAUGGUGAUGAAACAUGAGGCUCAUCGCUCAUAACCCAGUUCCUGGAUCCCAGCUCAGAGGAACUCAGACAGACCUGAGUGUGAGCAGUAGCAUGUGAUCAACUCGAUAAAGGGUCUGAAAACCAUAAAGGGAGAUGAGCUGAAGGGGCAAAAACUAACUCUGAAUAUCUGAAGGACGUGAAAGAGACGCUGGGUCAGAAACAAAAGUGGAGCAGUGAGUUUAAGUGUCAUUAACACAGAUGCUGCCUUGAUGGAUGCAACCACACCAUGCAACAGGGGAUGGUGAUGUUGAGAGUGCUAGAGCAGAAGUUCUGAGCCUGCUUGUGUAGGGGAAGAGCUUUGUUUAUUUUCAUCACCGUCCAGGACCAGAGUACGUGCUCCAGUCCCUUAUGUAAGAUGAUGUGGGACAGUCGGUCCUCUACGCAGUGGUCAUCCUCAGAUAUGGAGAGCCAACCGUGUUUUUAAACAUCUCCCCUCCCUCACAGUGUGCAGGGAAGAUGGUAGAUGUCAGAAAAUGUUGGAUGCUUUUGUAGCAUCGGGUGGAAGAAUGCUUUUCUGUCAUCUUGAAGGUCGCUUUCAACUCCGGGCAGCCCCAGAGGCGCGUGUACACACUUAACGGCCAGCUGGAGGGUCAGGUCUGACUGCAAGGCGAGGUUAGGAAGGAAACAUGCAAGCUCAGGAAGAAACCCCACGACAUCCUCCACUGCCUCAGAGAGGCUGUUCAUCCCUGCCUUCCCCAAGCUCCUACUCUCCUGCUGAAGGUCAUUUCCAACUCUUACGGUGAGACAAGUGGCUACAAUUAGCUUCUGGGGGCAGCUCUGCUUACAGAGUGUAAAACCCAAUCUUCAUGUCCCUCCCAACCUGCCCGACUCCUUCUCGCCGCUUAUUUAUCAAACUUUCUGUUUAUUGUCCACUAAAGCAUGGUUUGACUGAGGAUGGGAGAGGAUUGUACCAUGUACGGCUUUCCUGAGAGGUCUUGGCAGACUGUGGGCCUGGGACUUUAAACAGAGCACUGCCUGGUGCCUCUGGGUGGCAGGGGCCGUUUAAUCUUGCCUUCCGUGGUUUACUUUAUAGGAGACAGACCUCUUCUGGUGACACAGAACACAGACCAAAUACAGACACUUUCUGAGUGGAGGUGGGUGCCGAGCACCAGAGAGAGCAGAGAAGCCACGCCAAGGUCACGCAGCAGCUCACCCCAAGUCUGUUGAGAUCAGGCCAUCCCUGCCCAGAUGCCUUGGUCUCUCCCAUGGGCAGAGCUGCACUCGUUCUCAAGGGCACAGCAGGCACCCCACGCAUUGGAAGCUACUUUUCUGCAGUGGCCGCAUCUCUUCUGUGGCUCGCACCAGCCUGCAGGCAACUAAAGCCCCACGUGUGUCCCGUGUGACCAGAGUCUGGCCAGUGGAAGGUCCUGGCUAAACAUGCCGCACAGCAGAGUUGGCACCCGGUUAGGGAUCUUCUUAACAGGUCAACAGAUGCAUCCGUCAUGUUUUCACUCACCCCGCCUUUCUUCUCCUCGAGUCACCACUCUUGCCAAAGUCAAGCAACCCCCUUUUCAAAGUAAUUUGGUGAUUAAUCCCUUGAUUCUGUCAAACAGUAUUAAUGCAGCAUCACUGAGUUACAGCAUCACCGAUUCAAUGGACAUGAACUUAGGCAAACUCCAGGAGAUGGUGAUGGACAGGGAGGCCUGGCAUGCCGCCAUCCAUGGAGUCGCAAAGCAACUGAACAACAACAGCCGUGUUACUUGUGAACCCAUGCUGACUUCCGACUAGCACUGUGCUGUUCCACAGGCCCCCAACCUAACUUCAUCAUCAUCAUUGGUUCUAGAAUGUUUUCAGAUGAUACAGUGUUUAUCUUUAUUUAUUUCACUCAUAACCCCCUCAGGUUUCAUCUGUGUUGUUGCUAAUGACGGGAUCUCCUCUUUUCUCUUGGCUGAAAAAUAUUUCAUUGUGUGUACUGAUCUCAUCUUCUUCAUCCAUUCAUCCAUUGACAGGCACUUACACUGUUUCCAUAUCUUGGCUGUUGUGAAUAAGGCUGCAGUGGAUACGGGAGUGUGUGUUUAUCUUCCAGAUACUGGUUUUGUUUCCUUCAGAUAUAUGCCCAAGAGUGGAAUUGCUGGAUCAUGUGGUACCUCUAUUUAUUUUGAUUUUUUGAGGCACCCCCGGGCUGUUUUCCACAGUGGCUGUACCAAUUUACGUUCCCAUCAAUGAUGUACUAGGGCUCACAUUUCUUCGUACCUUCACAAACACUGGAAAUCUCUUUCCUUUUUAAGAACAGCCAUCCUAACUGGUGUGAAGUGAAAUCUCGUGGUUCUGAUUUCCUUGAAGAUUAGUGAUGUUGGGCACUUUUUUAUGUACCUGUUGACCUUCUGUAUAUCUUCCUUGGAAAAAUUUGUCUAUUCAGUUUCUUUGCCCAUUUGUAAAUCAGGUUCCUUAUUUAUUGUUUGCUAUUGAGUUGUAUAGGUUCCUUACAUAUUUUGAAUAUUAAUCCCUUACCAGGUCUAUGGUUUGCAAGUAUUUCCUUUUAUUACAUGGCUUUCCUUUUCAUUCUGUAGAUUGUUUCCUUUGCUCUGCAGAAGCUUUCUAGUGUUUUAGUUCCUCUUGUUUGUGUUUUUGUUGCCUGUACUUUUGCUGUCAUCUCCAAGAAAUCACUGCAAAGAACAAUGCCAUGGAGUUUCUUACCUAUAUUUUCUUCUAGGAAUGUUAUGAUAUCAGCUGUUUCAUUUAAGUCUUUAAUCCAUCUUGAGUUAAUUUUUGUGAGUGGUGUAGAAUAGGGGUCCGAUGUCUCUUUUUCUGCAAGUGUUUAUCCAGUUUCCCUCACGCCGUUUGUUGAAGAGGCUGUCCUUCCUCCAUUGCAUAUUCUUGGCUCCCAUGUCAGAUAUUAGCGGAACAUAUUUUAUAAGCACAGACAUAAAUUAGGUUUAUUUCUGGGCUCUCAAUUCUGUUCCAUUGGUCUCUGUGUCUGUUUUUAUGCCAGUAUCAUACCAUUCUGAUUACUUUAUAAUAUAGUUUGAAAUCAGGAAGAAUGAAGCUUCCAGCUUUGUUUGUUCUGAAGAUUGCUGUGACUAUUUGGGGUCUUUUGUGGUUCCAUAUAAAUUUUAGGAUUGUUUUUCCUAUUUCUGUGAAAAAUGCCAAUGGAAUUUUGCAUUUAAUAUAUGGAUGGUUUUGGGUAGUAUGGACAUUUUAAGAAUAUGAAUUCUUUCAGUCCAUGAACAUGGGCUUUUCAUCCAAUUACUUGUGUCUUCCUUAAUUUCUUCCAUUAUGUCUUAUAGUUUUCAGUGUAUAGGUCUUUUACCUACUUUUGUUAAAUUUAUUCCUAUUUAUUGUUUUGAUGUCAUUGUAUAUGGGGUUGUUUUCUUAAUUUUUCUUUCUGAUAGUUUAAGUGUAUAGAAAGGCCACUGAUUUUUGUAUAUAGACUUUUUAUUCUAAAACUUUACUGGAUUUGUUUAUUAGUUCUAACAGUUUUUUUUGUAUAGUAUUUAGGUUUUUCUGUAUAUAAGAUCACAUCAUCUACUGAGGUGUUUUCCUCUGAAGUCUUGAAACCUUCAAAGUCAUCCAUAAGUGUUGGAAUUAACUUCUUCCAAACUCCUGUUAAUAUUGGUAUUUUGACCUUUCCCCCUGAGUCGUGAAUUCCUCAAUGGAUCUUGAGUGGUGAAUCCUUUCUAGAAGGUUUUCAAUUGACUUUGUCCAGAUCUAUCAGAGACUCAUUCUAUGUGGCAGCUAUGGCCUAUGGAAUGUAUUUGUUAAAAAAAAUAACACUUGAAAGUAGAAAUGACACCUUGCUCCAUGGGCUACAGAAUGGAUAUGGUUGGUGUUCACAGGCAUGACUGCAACAUGCAUCAUGUCUGUCUCCAUCAGAGCUCUUGGUGACCAGGUACAUUGUGAAUGAACAGUAAUAUUUUGAAAGGAAUCUUUUUUUUCUGAGCAGUAGCUCUCAAUAGUGAGCUUAAAACAUUGAAUGAAUUUCUCCUCUCUAGAUGUUAAAGUUCUGGAUGGCAUCUUCUAACACAAGGUUGCUUCAUCUCAUGGACAACCUACUGUUUAGUGUAGCCACCUUCAGUCAUUAUCUCAGCCAAGUCUUCUGUGUGACUUGCAGCUUCUGCAUCAGCACUUGCUGCUGCUUUGUACUUCUCUCAUGGAGACAGCUUCUUCCUUAAAUCUCAUGAACCCAUCUCUGCUAGCCUCACACAUUUCUUCAUUUCUUCUGCAGCUUCCUCACCUUUCAUGGUCUUCCCAGAAUGGAAGAGAGGCAAGGCCUGGCUCUAGAGGAGGCUUUGCCUUGAGGCAGUGUUCUGGCUGAUUGGAUCUUCUGUCCAGAACACAUUGAGUUUUUCCCCAUUGGCACCAAGGCCGUUUCUUCUCAUUUGUGGGCUCCCUACUUCCUGGUAGCUCAGCUGGUAAAGAAUCUGCCUGCAUUGCAGGAGACCCUGAUUCGAUUCCUGAUUUGGGAAGAUCCACUGGAGAAGGGAUAGGUUACCCACUCCAGUAUUCUUGGGCUUCCUGGUGGUUCAGAUGGUAAAGAAUCCACCUGCAUUGCAGGAGACCUGGGUUCAAUCCCUGGGUUGGCAAGAUCCCCUAGAGAAGGGAAAGGCUACCCACUCCAGUAUUCUGGCCUGGAGAAUUCCAUGGACUAUAUAGUCCAUAGGGUUGCAAAGAGUUGGACAUGACUGGGCGACUUUCACUUUUCACUUCACUUUAGCUGCUUUCUGGGACCUUUGCAAAUGCCCAGUAGGCCAGUAGCUUUGCCUCUGCCCUGUUCACUGCCUCCAUCUGCUGUCACUGCCAAACUGGUCCCACCUAGAUGACCACUUCAACAGGCUGCAUGUUUCUCCGGCUCACCUCCUCCAGUGAGCUUGGGCUUCCUCACAGCAUGGCAGCCUCAGGGUUCCAGGAGGUUCCCGGGCCUCUUAAGGCCUAGACUCAGAAAUCACACACCAUCACACCCACCAUAUUCUCAUGGUCAAAGUAAGUCAGAAGGCCAGCUCAGAUCUAGGUGGUGUGGAGACAUAGACUUCAAGGAUGGAGACUUGAUGGGAGGGGCAGCAAUGUCCCAUUGCGAAGGGGCACGUGUUCACUGGGGGCCAUUAUCACAGUGACCUGUCAAAUCCCACGAUUUGCUGAGUGAGGGUCAAUAAGUACAUGCCUCACCAGGAGAAAACUGGGACUCUUUCUCCUGCAGCACUUACACAUGAACAAUAAAAAUAGACACUAGUUAACUUAAACCUAACAAACAUUAGAAGGGCAUUAGGAAGCUCACAGACUUGAUGGAAGCAUUUUUCAUUGAGACCUCAAAAGUGAUAGGAAGGGGCUUCCCUGGUGGUCUAGUGGUUGAGAGUCGGCCUGCCAAUGCAGGGGUCAUGGGUUCCAUCCCAGGUCAGGAAGGAUCCCACAUGCCGCAGAGCAAGUAAGCCCUGUGCACCACAGGUACUGAGCCAGUGCCCUAGACCUGUGAGCCAAAAUUACUGAGCCCCCACGCUGCAGCUGCUGAAGUCCAUGUGCCUACAGCCCGAGUUCUGCAACAAGAGAAGCUACUGCAAUGAGAGCCCGCAGCACAGCGAAGAGUAGUCCCCUCUUUCCACAACUAGAGGAAGCCCUGCACACAGCAACAGAGAUCCAGCACAACCAAAAACAAAAGAAGAAAAAGUGACAGAGGGCAGCCCUGAGGAUCCCUGAAGGAACCUUUGUAGGGAACGGCCUCUGGGAUAACUUCGUCUGAUUUGGGGAUAGGGUGGGAGGUGAGUCUUUGUGUCAUUUGGCUCACAAUUCAGAUUCCUUGAGAGUGUGACAUAGCAUAAGGAAUAUGGUCAGUAACACUGCAGUAACUUUGUGAGGGCAAGUGGUUCCUAGGCUUAACGUGGGAUCACUUCAUGGUGUAUGGAUGUGUCAAGUCAUAACGUAGGACAUCUGAAACCAACUUUAUAUUGUAUGUCAACUCUGUCUCAUUAAAAACAAUUCCGAUUC